AUGAAACAUUUGCGUAAUAACAGUCGUUUAUCAGCAUCUUUAUUCUAUUCAAUCUGUAUUUUGCUAAUUUUGCUCGCCUCUUUUUACACCGUCUCACAUAUUUAUGCGACGUAUGAUGCAUCAAGUGCGAAAGAACAACAACUGGUUGACAAAUAUUCGUUUGAUAUGGAAGUCAGAACAAAUGAUAAGAGGAAGGGAAGCCUAAGAUUGCUUGAACCGAAAAAUAAAAGUAUUAGUUGGUAUGAAAUUAUCAUUUCUUCAAGAAGUAAUCAUAAAUUAUUGGUUUCGAAGAAUUUGCCUCGUGUUCGGAUGUUCAAAUUUCGUCAACUACUUGCUGUAACAAGCACUGAUCGCUGCUUUCAUUCAACUGCCAUUGAUUUAAUUUCCAGUUUUUUCCCAGAAGAUUAUUUUACAAUAGAGCAACGUCGUCGUGGAGCACUACUUCUGCACUUUUUUGGUCUCAUUUAUAUGUUUAUAGCAAUAUCUCUCGUUUCCGAUAAAUUUUUCAUCCCUUCACUUAGCAUUAUUAUAGGAAAGCUGUCAAUAUCGAACGAUGUUGCUGGAGCCACAUUUAUGGCAGCCGGUGGUUCGGCACCUGAAUUUUUUGCCAGUUUAUUUGGCGUUUUUAUUACUCAAAAUAAUGUUGGCAUUGGGACUAUUGUUGGUAGUGCUACAUUCAAUAUUUUAUGUGUAUUGGCAUUCUGUACAUUUUUUUCCCUGAAAAUACUUAAAAUUACUUGGUGGCCCGUGUUCAGAGAUAUUUUUUUCUAUAUGUUAGCAUUGUCUUUGUUGGUAUUAUUUUUCCUGGACGAAAAGAUUCAGUGGUAUGAAGCGAUAUCACUUUUCAUUAUUUAUAUCAUUUAUGCUGUUGCUAUGAGUCAUAAUGAGAAGCUGGAGAAAAAUUUCAAAUUUAUUCAGCAUAAAAUUAUUCAGCUUCCCGGAUCAACAAUGACAUUGAUGAAUCAAACAAAUAGUCAAAUUGCUUAUCGAAAUCCCACAAGUUCUGAAAAAAAUCACAUAUAUAAGAAGGAGAUGGCACUGAAAGAAAGCAACAACGAAGUGGAAGUACCAAUCAACAUCUCUUGGCCAUCUUCUACUAAAGCACGAUUAUCCUAUCUCUUUUUAGCACCAAUUAUGCUUCCACUUUAUUAUACACUUCCCGAUUCGAAAAAUUCAUCAAGCAGGAAAUAUUUUGCAAUAACUUUCAUGGGUUCAAUUUUAUGGAUUGCUUUUUUCUCAUAUCUGAUGAUUUGGUGGGCAAAGGUAAUCGGUGAAACAUUAGCUAUACCGGAUGAGAUAAUGGGUUUGACAGUGUUAGCUGCUGGUACAAGCAUACCUGAUCUCAUUACUAGUGUAAUUGUUGCUCGUAAAGGAUUUGGUGACAUGGCUGUGUCAAGCUCCAUUGGAAGUAAUCUUUUUGAUAUUUGUGUUGGGUUGCCAAUUCCGUGGUUACUACAAUUUGCAAUUCGUUUGCUGACAAAUUCAUUCUCAGUUUCCUACCUGGGUACUGUACCGGUCAUAUCAAAAGGUCUUAUUUGCUCUGUUGGUCUUCUAUUUCUAAUGCUAAUUAUUUUAAUAGUUGCUAUGAAAAUUUGUCGAUGGGAAAUGAAUAAAAUUUUCGGAAUGGUAAUGAUUAUUGCCUAUGUAAUGUUUUGUUUGCUGAGCGUCUUACUAGAAUUAGGCUAUAUCGUUUGCCCACUUGUUGUCGCCUGUAAUAAAUGA